UCUGGUUAAAAAGAGGGGCAGAGAGAGAGAGAAAGAGAGAGAGCUUGAGGACGAAACUGAGUAAGCCAUUUCUUCCCCCCCCCCCCCCCCCCCUAAAUGCCUGGAAAAUUCCAUCAAUUUACAGAUCGCCACAAAGCCGAUGGAUCAUUAAGAAAGCAGGUUGAUCUUGGACACUGUGGUGCCGCGUAAGGACGGAGGAAGCUUGCAGAAAGAGCCUCGGAUAAAAUCCAAAAGCCCCCCCCCCCCCCCCUCCUCUUUUCCUGCUUUUGAGAUUACUUCUGGCUCACCUGUCACCCCGAAGAAGGCGACGCUUCCCCGUUUCUCUCCUUCCAACUGCCUUUCCAUAGCCUCUCGGCAACCCCAAAUCCAAGAAUUAAGCGGCGGAGAUUUUGACGCGCCUCGUUGCCUGCCAUGCACAUCAAGACCACCAAGUGUAACCACUUUUGUCUGGUGGCCUCCGUGACUAAUCGGGAGGUGUUCAAUCAUCCCGAUGCUCAGGCCAGCUUUGAGGCGCUAUUCCAGGCUUUUGACCCGGAAGCUCAGUUCCAGUACUUCAAGUCCUUCCGUCGGGUCAGGAUUCAUUUUAGCGACGCGCUGGCUGCGGCGGAGGCGAGACUGCGGCUGCACAAAACUGAUUUUCACGGCAAAGAGAUGCGCCUCUACUUUGCUCAGUCUGUCCACAUCGGGAGUCCUCGCCUUGAGCCUCCAAAGCCCGAGAAGCAGUUCCUGAUCUCACCGCCCGCCUCACCUCCGGUGGGCUGGGAGCAGUCUCAGGACGCCAUGCCCGUCGUCAACUAUGACCUGCUGUGUGCCAUUUCCAAACUAGGACCAGGCGACAAAUAUGAGCUCCACACAGCCACGCCCACCACCCCUAGCGUCGUCGUCCACGUUUGCCAAGAAGAGCUCGGCGACAGCUCGGCUCGGGAUGACGGCGAGCCGGACGACGCGGCGCGGACCGCGCGGCCCAAGAUCGUCCAGACGCGCCGGCCCGAUUACACGCACGGCGUUGAGCAGUUGGCGGCACUGGAGUGACGGCUGGUAAAACAUCCCCUGUGAUGUCACCGAUACGGCGCAGAAGAUGCGCUCUCUGAGGUUUGCUCUCUGAAUUUGGGAAGGUACCUUGGAGAUGCGACAUUGUCCCGUUGGCGAGGAGACCAACUUAGAAUCAGAUGCUGUAAUUGUGUCUUUUGGGAAAAGAUCGGGACUUCUUUUUUGAGACGUUCAGCUGUGCGAUAACAACUGCUCUCCGCAAUUCGAGGGUUUGGGAUGAUGGAGAACUCGGGUUUUGAAGUGUGUAAACAUUAUGUUCAUGUUCAUGCUUCAUGUCAUGAUUGGGAUACUUGGUUUAUGGAUUUGUUAGAUGUGCUAUUACUAACGUGUGCAUGAGAUGAGCUUUUCAUUGACAAAAGAUGACCACGCAACAUAAAUGCAGCAUCAUGCUUAUAAGGAAACAUCAAGUGUUGAGUGUGCGG